AUGGCGCAGUCGCACAUCCUGUCCGCCGUGGAGCCCGAGCUGGCCGGCAGGGGCGUGGCCGGCAAGGGCGACCCCUCGGAGCGGGACCUGAGCAUCACGCUGGACGACCGCGAGCUCUGGACCAAGUUCCAGUGCCUCACCAACGAGAUGAUCGUCACCAAGAACGGCAGGAGGAUGUUCCCUGUGGUGAAGGUAACUGCUUCUGGUCUAGAUCCCGCAGCCAUGUACACGGUGCUGCUAGAAUUUGUGCAGAUAGAUCCCCACAGAUGGAAGUAUGUGAAUGGUGAAUGGGUACCAGGGGGGAAGGCAGAGGUGCCACCUCCAAAUCCCAUAUACAUUCACCCAGAAUCACCCAACUUUGGUGCUCACUGGAUGAAAGAGCCCAUUUCAUUUGCAAAGGUUAAGCUCACAAACAAGACAGAUGGAAAUGGACAGAUAAUGUUGAACUCUCUCCACAAAUAUGAGCCUAGAGUUCACCUAGUAAAGGUCGGAUCAGAGCAACGCAGGGUUCUUACAUACCCUUUCCCAGAGACACAAUUCAUUGCUGUUACUGCUUACCAAAAUGAAGAGGUAACAUCAUUAAAAAUAAAGUAUAAUCCCUUUGCUAAAGCAUUUCUGGAUGCAAAGGAACGACCUGAUAACAUUUAUCAAAGAGAAUUCAUGCAAGGAUAUCCUCAAACUCAGCAGACGCAGUACCCUCAAUACAGUUCCUGGUUGUUGCCGCAGCCAGUUUAUUCUCCACUAUCAUCCCCAUGUGACAGGCAUCACGCGACAUUGCGGAACCCGCGAACUUCUCCGUAUCCUACAGUACAGCAACAUCGCACCAACAAGCCCCUGUCAUCCACACCUCCUCCCCCACAUGUCACCUACUCUGAGCCACAGUCGACAACUGCAAGCAUGUUCAGCCCACCAACAAGUUUUGCGUGGUCAAUCACAUCACCACAGCCAAUGAGCUCACCUUCAGCAAACAUCGGAAGCAGUGGGGCGUGGUCGGUGCCUGGAAGCUCAACGCCACCACCCACUCACUCCCUGGGGACACCACCACCACCUCCCCCACCGUCAGCGGGAUAUGCUACUUGGCACCAUCUAGGAACAAUGGACCUGGCAGGCCAAGGGUCACCUUACCACCAGCACUAUCAGGGAACAGAGUUCCUGCCCCUCAUAGCAGACGAGCCCACGACGGCCCCAGCUCCCGAGUACCAUCAGCCGUCACCUCAGCCGCAGCAGCGAUCCUCUCCGGUCUCCCUGUAUCGGCACGAGAAGACCGAACCGUACAGCGACGAAGGCACGGGCUCGCCAGCAUCACGCAACGAGUGCUGGAGUCCACUGCCUCAUGCUACACUGUGA